UUGAAUUUAAGAAACCUUUGUGUAUUCUUCCAUUAUAUAAUAUUAAUAUAUAUAUAUAUAUACACUUUAUUUUUUUGUUUACAACCACAGUUGUAACUACAGAAAGAUGGAUUGAAUGGUAGUUAGGUGGCAGAUAUUUAUACUUCAGUACUGUAUUAUAAAACAAUAUGCAAUAACAUUGAGUCUAAAUUAUCAUGUAAAGUUUAUUAGAUGAUUUGCAAUUUAAUGGGACAAAAACCUACAGCUCAUAUAAUAUUAUUACAUUGUAUUAUAAAGCAAUUUAUUAAAGCUUUUUAUUUAUUUUUUUAAAAAAUAUAAAUUUAAAAUAAAUGCCUUUCUGAUCUGGUAUGUGGUAGGAAGAGAUGUAGCCCGAGUUUGACAAAAGGCAGAUCUAUUGCUUGUUCAGCUCACAUCUCGCAACAUUCAGCCACAGACUAUGCAGUUAUCCAUCUGUUUUAUCCACUAAAAAUCCCAUGGCCUUUCUCCUGGUGUCCCUGGCCAAAACAAACAAAAACAUUUCUCUUUGAAUCUUGUUUAAUGUUUGCCAUAUCACACUUUCCAAAUCGUAUCAUUCUGUCAUGUGUGAUGUGGCUUUUUUUUUAUAGAAAAUGGUUGAGGAACACUUGCAGGAGGAUUAUGUGGUGUCAAGAUCCAUCUGUAGGAUUGCCUUCACUAUAUGAACCUCCAGAGACACCGUUGGAUUAAGAGUCUAUGGUCACAUUUUAGGACCGUGAGAAGACUCACUGCACAUAGUAUAUAUAGUCUGUUCAUUUUCAUGCAUGUGAGAGUGAGUGUGUGAGUGUGUUGGAGGUGUUAAAGCAAGUGGCUGAGAGUCCUGUACUUUCGGUUUUGUUAAUAGUACUGUGACUUCUUCUAAAUGCAGAGAUUCAAAGAAAUAGCUCAUUGCUACUUAUGAUUAAGAAAUCAUGCAAAGAACCUAAGUACCUACUCCAAUGAGUCAUUCACAAAACGGAUCAAAGCGUCCUGUUCAAACACAAUUGCAUAUUUAGUACAUGUUCAAAAAAUAAACACCAAAGAAUGAAUCUUCAGUCUGAUAAACUGCAGUUCUGUGUUUCCUAGUUUCUUGAUAGUUUGCCGCCUGCCCUGACCCUCGCUUGUUUAUUGGAUAUACUCUUUUGCCUUGCCUGGACUGUACUGUUCUGCUGGUGUUUGACCCCUGCCUGUUCGACUAUGUCUUAUAAUAUAGAGUUGCUUUUGGAUCUACUCGCCUCUGACUCCUCUGUAACAGCGGGAAACAAUCAUAGGUCAAAACAAAAGGAAACACGGAAUGAAAAACGCAGAACUGAGAACACGGAAGCAGCUAAGCAAUACUCGGCGUCUGCUCAGAAACUGGGCAGAUCUUCAAUAAACAGAAUAAUGAGGAGUUACAGGGGAGACUAACAAUGUGUCCCAAGACCAGGGAACACAGAAACAAUGGGGAACAAACACUUCAAAAUAAGAGUCAAAACAAGGGGAACAUUGACCGUAAUCGUGGCCGCAUUUGAAUGAUCUGUUUACUGGAUGUCGUUUUAAUUUCAAUGUAAAAUGCAUGCAAAUUCUGAAAACUGAAAAUGAAAGUAUUAUAGGUCUACUUCACAACUCUAAACCUAACCGCUAAACAUUACACCAAAUGGAAACAGAAAGAUGCCCCACUUAAACGCACUAUCAUGAGGUCGUGUUAUCGUGGUAGCUAGCAGGACGGAAGACCUCCGUUCUCCGUAUAGCUUUUGUACGGAGAGAUGGCAAUGGUAUUAACAUUCGUUUGUUUGUUACCUAGUUUUGGAGGGGGGUUUAUAUAUACGUUAACUUUAAAAUCAAACUAUUUAAAAUACUGCCAUUUUUAAAUCUAUAAGCCCUACUUUAUCAAAUGUCGUAAUAUUAACACAAUUACACUUGUACUUUUAACAUAACUAACUCAGUCAGGUAACUACCUAAGUUAAAUAAUGAUGAAAAAAUGUUUACAUGUAGGUCUAUCUCGUGAUCAGAUUGAGUGGGUUGUCCGUGAGGGCUUUAAAUUCUGGCGUGGGAGGAUUGACAUUGACACAGAGAUUCAGUCUUUUCAACAGCGCUUGAAGAAAAUGAUCCUUUUGUUCUGUUUGUGCUGGUGGCAUCUGAUUGGUAAGUUGUAAAUAGAUUAUUAAUGGAAGUUAUUUCGACCAGAAAUUGCAUCCUACAUCAAGCUUUUAGACUUUCAUUUAAAAUAUAAAGCCCAUUUCAGGCUUUGUAAAAUAUCAAAAGGCUUCCUGUAUUUUAGGUGUGUUUGGAACUAAAAUAAAUGAAAUAUAAUAUGCAAUAAAAUAUAAAUGAAAUAUGUGUCAGUGACUGAGGGAGAUUAUGUGCUUCUACACACUGAUGUUACUAAAGUGCGUGAAGACGAAGACUUGAUGUGGAAUUAUGGAACCAAAAACUCUCUCAUAGCUAAAAUAAAAAGACAUAAACAAGUUGUCACAUAUGAUGAUGGUCUUGAAAGGAGGUUCAGAGACAGACUGAAGCUGGACGAUCAAACUGGAUCUCUGACCAUCACGAACAUCACGGCUCAACACGCUGGAGUUUAUAAACUACAGAUAAGUGGAGCAAAAUGGUCAUCCAAAACAUUCAGUGUUUCCGUCUAUGGUCGUCUGCCUGUUCCUAUCAUUUAUAUCUGCAGUAACUCUUCACACUGUUCUUCAUCCUCAUCAUCAUCUUGUUCAUUGUUGUGUUCGGUGGUGAACGUGAGUCAUGUGACUCUCUCCUGGUACAAAGGAAACAGUUUAUUGUCCAGCAUCAGUGUGUCUGAUCUCAGCAUCAGUCUCUCUCUACCUCUGGAGGUGGAACAUCAGGAUAAAAACACCUACAGCUGUGUGAUCAACAACCCCAUCAGAAACCAGACCACACAUCUGGACUUCAGCAGACUCUGUCAGACAUGUGCAGAACCACAGAUAUCCUUAUUUCUCACAUGGCUGAUUUCUGCUGCCGGAUUGAUUGUGAUUUGUAAUUGUAGUCGUGAUGUGCCACCUCUGCAUCUGCAGGAGACACAGAAAAACAAGUCGGAAAUUAAAGGUAGUGUCCGUCUACGAGAGCGUCUCCAAAGAACGACACUCAAAUCUACAACUGGUGCUAGAGCACUGAGGCUAUGUCUCGCGCUUUUUGGUUUUGGACACUGUAAUAUUUAUACCUUUUUUUAACAAAAAUAAAGAUUCAGGGACAUACAAUGUCGUGUUUUCCCUUUUUUAGGGUCCAAGUGCUGCUCAAAUUGCUCCACUGAGAGCCUAAAUAUGCUCAAAAACGUGCAAAACUUGCACAAGCAUCAGAACUGGUGAAAACGUACAUCUCAUAUGUUUCUCGAGCGGUUCACAUGCAUGUACAAAUUUUGGUAGAUGCAUCUCAAUAACUACAAAAACAAGCAAAAUUCAAAAAUCAAUAGGACGUCAGAGAUUUAGUCUGAUCAACACCAAAUUUGGUCCGUCUACUCUAAAUACUUCUGUUAUGUUAAAUUGCUAAGAUCUAGAGUUUUUGUUGAAAGGGGUGUCCAUGGCGGCCUGGCAAACUUCGUUUUGUAAUGCCAAGUUCACACCGCACGAUUUUCAAAGUCAUUGAAUAACCAUUGCUUUCUCACUGCACGACUACCUUG